GGGUGUCCCAGGCCGAUGCGGAGCCGGCUGCUCCGGAGCCUGGCCGGAGGAGCGCUCCUGGCCCUCGUGUGCUUGGGGCUCCUGUGCCUGUCCUACCGCUCCAGCCCGGCCCACCUGGGGUCCCAGGAGCCCCCCGGGCCCUGGGAGCUGAGGCUGCAGGACGUCUUCAUCGGGGUCAAGACCACCGGGGCCUUCCACCGCUCCCGCCUGGAGCUGCUGCUGGACACGUGGGUCUCCAGGGCGCAGCCGCAGACAUUUGUCUUCACCGACAGCCCAGAUGAAGGCCUCCAGGAGAGACUUGGGUCCCACCUAGUGGUCACCAACUGCUCCGCAGAGCACAGCCACCGGGCUCUGUCCUGCAAGAUGGCUGCUGAGUUUGACGCCUUCUUGGACAGUGGACUCAGGUGGUUCUGCCACGUGGACGACGACAACUACGUGAACCCCAGGGCGCUGCUCUGGCUGCUCGCCGCCUUCCCGCAGGCCCGCGACGUCUAUGUGGGCCGGCCCAGCCUGAACCGGCCAAUCCGCGCCUCCGAGCCGCUGCCGCGCAACCGCACGAGGCUGGUACAGUUCUGGUUCGCCACCGGGGGCGCUGGCUUCUGCAUCAACCGCAAACUAGCUCUGAAGAUGGCCCCGUGGGCCAGUGGCUCCCGCUUUGUGGACACCUCCGCGCUCAUCCGGCUUCCCGAUGACUGCACGGUAGGCUACAUCGUGGAGUGCAAGCUGGGGGGUCGCCUGCAGCCCAGCCCCCUGUUCCACUCCCACCUGGAGACCCUGCAGCUGCUGGGGACCGAGCAGCUCCGGCAGCAGGUCACACUCAGCUAUGGGAUCUUUGAGGGGAAACUCAACGCCAUCCAGCUACAGGGCCCCUUCUCUCCUGAAGAGGACCCCUCCAGGUUUCGCUGCCUUCAUUGUCUCCUCUACCCGGAAACGCCCUGGUGUCCUCCGCGGGUGACCCGAUGACCCGGAAGUGCUGGGCAAAGGUGGCCCCGGCUCCAGCCCGCCCCGCCUCCCAGGGCAGCGCCGAGGCCCUGGCGGGGCUGCGGGCGGCGGGAAGGGCCGGGCUCUGGGCGGCUGGCACGGAGCGCGUCCCGGGGCAGGGCCGGCGGUGGGCACGGAGGCUCCGGGCCGGACUGCCUGGGUGGAGGGUGGGAAGCGCGGUGCUGGACUGGCCCCGUAGCCUCCCAUCGGUGAGUCCCCUCACCUCCCCGGCUCUGGUCCCCGGGUCGGGUCUCAUGUUGCUGAAGGAACGCAGGAUGGACAGAUGGACAGACAGAUGAUGGCCGCAGAGCCGGCUGCCUCGGUGCUCCUGGCCAGGUUCUGCUGAGAGGCUCAGCACGCCGGGCCGAUAGGGAAGCUCGCGAUGGCUUGCCAGCCUGUGGAGACGGGGGACCCUGCUUGUCCUCCCAGCCCCCUGCCGCCCCCACCCCACCCCCCGGGCUGUGAGAAGCCGAUGAGAAGAGCAGAGCCGAGGAGAAGUUCACGAGGGUGUGGGGGAUGUGAUGGCUGGCGCUGGGGCAGCCGCUUUGCCACCACGGAGGAAUGGCCAAGGCC